AUGACAUCCGAAAAAGUUCAAGUCCUCAUCAGUGGUGGCGGCUCCGCCGGCCUCACAGCGGCCAUCUGGCUAGCCCGUUUCGGCAUAGACUUCAAGAUCCUCGAAAGACGCCCAGGACCUCUCGAGAUCGGCCAAGCAGACGGCGUACAAUGCCGAACAGUUGAAAUCUUUGAGAGUCUAGGGCUUGCUGAUAAACUCCUGAAAGAAGCUUACCAUGUCAUGGAAGUAGCAUUUUGGUCACCUGGUGACGAUGGGCAGCUCCAGCGGAAGGAUCUUGCUUACGACACUGAGGAAGGGUUGAGUCAUCUCCCCCAUGUUAUUCUCAAUCAGGCUCGUAUCAAUGAUAUGAUGCUGCAGGAAAUUAUUCGCCUGAGAGGGAAUGGUACCAGCGGAGUUGUAUAUAACUCUCAGGUUGAAAGUGUGCGGGUUCUGGAUGAUGCUGGUGACUACCCCGUCGAGGCCGUCGUCAGUCAGAACGGAGAAACUCAGCGCUAUCGAGCACAAUACGCAAUCGGCUGUGAUGGCGCUCAUAGUACUGUGCGCAAGUCUCUCGGCUUUAGAAUGGUCGGCGACUCAAGUGAUUCUGUCUGGGGAGUCAUGGAUGUCUACCCCAUCACCAACUUUCCCGAUAUUCGCAAAAAGGCUAUGCUUCAGAGCCAAAACAACGGAAACCUCAUGAUUAUCCCCCGCGAAGGCGACGAGAUGGUCCGCUUCUACAUUGAGCUCGCUGGAGCAACCGCACGAGAUGUCACCGAGCAAGAUCUCAUCAACAAAGUCAAGGGGAUCUUUCAUCCUUACGACAUCGAUAUCGCUCGAACUGUGUGGUGGUCGGCUUAUGUUAUCGGUCAGCGUGUCGCAGAUCAUUUCACCAAGGAUUUCCGCGUCUUCCUUACUGGUGAUGCCUGCCAUACACACUCCCCCAAGGCUGGCCAGGGUAUGAACGUCAGUCUACAAGAUGGUUUCAACAUCGGAUGGAAGAUGGCUCAUGUUCUCACUGGCCGCUCACCGCCUUCUGUCCUCGAGACAUAUGUUCUUGAGAGACAGCAGACAGCGGAGCAGUUGAUUGAGUUUGACCGCUCGUUCAGCAAGCUUUUCUCAUCUGAGCACCGUAAGACAAAUGGUCUUUCGGCGCAGCAUUUUCGAGAUAAGUUUGUGGAAGCAGGGCGGUAUACUGCGGGGAUGGCUACCAAUUAUCAGCCUUCGAUCCUGACAUGUCCAGCGAAGAAUAACGACAGUGUUGCAUCCGGACUGACUGUAGGGAUGAGAUUCCCGAGUGCUCCGGUUGUGAGACUCUCUGAUACAAAGCCUCUGCAGUUGAACAAGGUUCUUCCAGCUGACGGUCAAUGGCAUGUAUUAACUUUCUGCUCGGGUGAUUAUGCCAGGAAGGGAUUACAUGAGGUUGCAUCCGGACUCAAUAAGUUGGUCAAGAUGUUUACGCCCUCUGGCGGACACACGGACACAGUGAUAAACAACACCCUCAUUCUCAAAGCAGAGCGAAAGGCCGUGCAGAUUGACCAAUUACCUGAGGUCUUCUUCCCUAAGUCAGGGCAGUAUUCUCUAAGGAAUGUUCAUAGAGUCUUUGUCGACGAUAAGAGUCCAUACAUGCUUGGUUGUGGUCAAGCCUUUUCCAAAUAUGGCAUUGACGCGGAGAAAGGUGCCAUUGUCGUUAUGCGACCUGAUUCAUACGUCGCCCGAAUUCUUCCUCUUUCGGACACUGCUUCUCUAUUUUCAUUCUUUGAAGCGUGUCUUUACAAAUCGGAAUAG